AUGCGGCGCGCCAGCCGAGACUACACCAAGUACUUGCGCGGCUCUGAGGAGCUGGGCAGCGGCGCCGCCCACGAGAGCGCCCCAGCGCCGCCACCUCCGCCGCCGCUGCCGGCUCACCCGCACCCGCCGCCCGCCUCCCGCUCCCUCCUCGUCGCCCUUGUCCUCCUGGGAUUGGGGCAGGUGGUCUGCAGCGUCGCCCUCUUCCUCUACUUCCGAGCUCAGAUGGACCCUACUAGAAUUUCAAAAGAACACGCACACUGUGUCAGAACACUUUUUGGACAUCAAGAAAAUACAGAUUUGCAUGAUACAUCCUUUGAAAGUCAAGAAGUGAAGUUAAUGCCAGAAUCAUGUAGAAGCAUGAAACAAGCUCUCCAAAGAGCUGUGCAGAAGGAAGUCCAGCGUGUCAUGGCAAGAUCACCACCAAGACCAGAAAAAGCUGCAAUGGAGGCACUAGGAAUGGAUCUGUACAAGAGAAGCAAACCUGAGAAGCAGCCAUUUGCCCAUCUGAUUAUUGAUGAUAAGAAUAUUCCAUCUGGAACUCGCAAAGUGAACCUCACAUCCUGGCAUCAUGACAAAGGCCAGGCAAACUUAUCGAAUAUGACAUUCAGUGAUGGAAAACUGAUGGUCAAUCAAGAUGGUUUUUACUACCUUUAUGCCAACAUUUGUUUCAGGCAUCAUGAAACUUCAGGAAACCUGACUAAAAGAGGGCUUCAACUGAUGGUGUAUAUGAUCAAGACAAACCUUAAAAUAAGGCGCUCUGAUGUGUUGAUGAAGGGAGGAAGCACCAAAUACUGGUCAGGGAAUUCAGAAUUUCAUUUUUAUUCUGUGAAUGUAGGAGGGUUUUUUAAAUUAAAGUCUGGUGAAAUGAUAAGCAUCCAGGUAUCAAACCCAUUGCUACUGGAUUCUUCACAAGAAGCAACUUAUUUUGGGGCUUUUAAAGUUAGGGAUUUAGACUGA